AUGUUCAUCAAUCCCGUCCUCGUCCUUCGUGUCUUGCAAGGCGUUUUGGCUUUCAUUGCCAUGGCCCUCGGAGCAUCAGUGGCCAAUGUUUUGAAUACCCACGAUCCUCCAGUUGAUGUCCCUGGUGGUGUCAUCUUCUUCGUUUUCACGGCCGUCUUCACCAUGCUCGUCACCGUCCCGUAUACCAUCCUGACGCCUCGGUACUUUCCCAUCCUCGCGCAUCCAUACGCAAUGCUCGCCGCUGAAUCCAUAACCUGUAUCUUUUGGCUGGCUGGCUUUGCCGCCAAUGCCAAUCUUGUUGGAAAGUCGAGCAUCUGCGACCUCGGGGCGUGCGAAGGCGCAAGGGGCAGCGUGGUUCUCGGUGUCUUUGAAUUGUAA